GACAACGACGAAAAACAGAAGACGCCCGACGACGGCCUCCAUCGUCUAUCGACGGCUUUUGCCUCCACAUAGUUCCCAUCUCUGCCGCCAACCAAACUGGGCACACCGCAUUCCCCGCCAAGCAGGCUAUGACCUUAUGCGUCGCACCCCUGAUCACGAGGAACCCUUUUGCCGCAGCCCUCCGCACGACCUCCAAUCGAUCCGACGACAAUCUCCGUAUCGCUGGCGCUGCGAGUACGCACCACCGACCACUCAGCCCGAGUCAACGUCCACUUCUGCCCCACACCACCCCAGUGUCGACGACCAUUGGAUCAUCCAGUCUCUCCGAGCCCUUCCGCCCACGUCGAAUUGUCGGGUCGCCCAGGUCGCUCGUUUUCCCCAGCCAGCGGCGAGUGUGAAAGCAAAGGACAGUCGACGGUCCUCAUCUGCCCCCGCUUCCCAGCCAAGACUCAUUCAUCACCGCUAUCGUUCCAUAGCCAUUUGAUCAACCUUUGAACCAAACAAGCCCCCCCAACAUCUACUUCAUCUUCCCAACCAUGGCCAUCGACAUCAUCAACCAGAUCCACUCGGCCUUCGGGUACGGCUCCUCCAAGGCCGAUGCAAACAAGUUCGAUCGUCUUGUGCAGGCGUUGAAAACAGCCCUUGGGCCGUCGUCGGGUCUCGACUCGGACGACAUCGACGUCGACUACUUGGCCGCUCUGAUGCGAGACUACAUCUCGUCUGAGGAGGAUUGGGCCAAGUACGCCUUCGCCGACGCAUCAAGGGGAUACACCAGAAACCUCGUCGAUGAUGGCAACGGCAAGAGCAACCUCCUCGUCCUUGUCUGGUCGCCAGGCAAGGGCAGUCCCAUCCAUGACCAUGGCAAUGCCCACUGCCUGAUGAAGAUCCUCAAGGGAGACUUGACCGAAACCCGAUAUGCCGUCCCCGAGAAUGGUGAUCAAGACAAACCCAUGCAGGUUGUGUCUGAAAGAACGCACAAGGAAGAUGACUGCGCCUACAUGGCGGACGAGCUUGGUGUCCAUCGUGUGUGGAACAAGGGCAGCGACUUCGCUGUGUCCCUUCACCUGUACACACCACCUAAUGUCGCCAAGGGAGGUUGCAAUGUCUUCAACCCAGAGACGGGCAAGCGUAGCCACGUACCCAAAUGUGGCUACUACUCGGCACAUGGUCGUCGCCUGCCGAGUCCGUGAGCCAUAACGUGACGUGAUCGAUAAGGACGGCGUUUGGAUUCGAAUUUGAAUAUUGAUAAGGCGUGCUGGGGAGUUCUACUUGGCAAACCGCCAUGAUCUGAGAGAUGGCUGCGUGCAAUGGAAUUUCGUUUCGUGUCGGCAUUGAUGGCGCAGGACGUCGUGACCGUGGCAGAUUGAUCGGCGACUAACCGGAGUUCAACAUCCUCAAGUCGUGUGACCCAAUAAGGGUAAACAUGAAUAGCAAAUAUAACGAAGAAUCAUCCUACAC